AUGAAGGACCAUCAGGCCUUCCCAAGUGUCUUCGUGGACAUUGAUGAUGGAGCUAGCCCAGACGCAGCUAGCUCGAGCUCUUCCACCUUUGCGCCGGAACACUGGGACUUAAAUGCAUCGAUAAACCUUCACCGUCUUGCUCUCACUUACAUGUCUGAAUGGCAUUCAUUCACGUCAGACGCAUUCCAAGUUUUUCGAGAAGCUGAAAUCAUCCACGAAGUCCCAUUACAUGAUGAGACUGAGCUAUACACGGUCGGAAAUGAACUUGGUGUAUUCGGCAGGUUCGUUCGAAAUCUUUGCGAUCCGGUCAUGAGGGCUCUUGAACCGUCACUGGGUACGACUGCAAUCCGAUUCGCCGAUUUCCAAGCAAUAUCCUCAUAUUCAUUACAGGACAGUGUUCCGGAUGUCUGUCUUGGGCUUAUUGCGGCUGACCCCACACCCGAUAAUGUUCAUUUGGUUGCGGAGUUGAAAACGCCAUGGACCAUCCCCGAUGCUUAUCUUCAUCUCAACCGACCUACAUCUCAUCACCUGGAGUCACUCAUAGGACAGCUUGUCGCCCAAAUGCGCAUCUGUUCCCUUCGCUUUGGAGUCUUAUCCACCUACAGCUCCACAGUGUUUGUCAAACGAGUAGCGGAUACUUCUUUUCUCCUUUCAUCGCCCAUCAAGCACGACGCUCUAGAGCCUUCCCUUCGCCAAUUAUUUGCUGGAUUUUGCUUGAUGGCCGUCUCAGCGUCAAAAUACGACGAAGACCCGUCAUUCCAGCCAAGCAACCUACGAGAUCCCCCUCCUACCCGCGUCUCCGGUCGUCUACUCAGCAAUCCCAACCACCCGACCCCACCGUCGACGAACGGAUUAGACUCUGUCACAUCGAACAGUGUUUUUGUAACCACUGACAGCGGCCGCACCAUAGUCAUCAAUUGCGUUCGCCAGUUAUCAGACCCGACAGUCAAUUCCAAGGCAAUCUGGCUCGCCACAUUGAAUGAAGAACUAGUGAUCUUGAAGUGUUGGCAGCUCAAAUACGAUGAAUUGUUCGACGCAGAAGCGGAGGUCUAUCACCGGAUCUGGAGCCGGCCGUCGGCUGAUAAUACUCAUGUCUUCGCUGAGUGUGCUCAAGAAGUCGAGGCCCACUCAGUCAUCCCAACAUACUACGAAAUGGAGCCUAUUUUUGGCUCCAAUCUCCUUCUGGGAUGA